UUUCAUUUCAAAUUUAUAAAACACCAAAAAAUCACUUCAUACUCAGAUUGCUAAACAGAUUAUCAUUUUUCACUCAAUUCUUUUCCGCCGACUCCAAACUUCUGCUCUAACUUCAUCAAUCAAUGGCCAUGAAACGAAGAUAUGAAGAUGAAGUAGAUACAGAAUUAGAAAUGGAUUCAGAACUGGAUGAUGCACAAGUUGAAGAAGAAGAGUUAGAAGAAACAGAGGAGGAAGACGAAGAGACAGAGACAGAGGAGGAAGAGGAAAAAGAAACAGAGGAGGAGGAGGAAGAAGAAGAAGAUAUAACAAAACUUCUUGAACCAUUUAGUAAAAAACAACUAAUUGAUAUAAUCUGCUCAGUAUCAACAGAAAACAGAGAAAUCAUUCAAGAAGUUCGCAAACGAGCUGAUCAAGAUCCGUCUCAUUGUGAAUUGUUUGUUCAUGGAUUAGACUGGGAAACAACAUCAGAUCAAUUCAAGGAGAUUUUCUCAACUUACGGUGAUAUUAUACAGUGUAGAAUUGUUGUUGACAGAGUUACAGGUCAAUCUAAAGGGUACGGUUUUGUACUAUACAAACAUCGAAAAUCUGUUUCGAAAGCAUUGAGAGAACCUCUAAAAAAGAUUGGAAAUCGGAUCGCGAUGUGCCACUUAGCUUCAAAUCAACAAAAACAGAGGAAAAUAUUUGUAGGUAAUGUGGACUCUGAGACUUCAAGUCUGAGAUUGCACUCGUUUUUUUCAAAGUAUGGGGAAAUCGAAGAAGGUCCAAUCGGGUUUGAUAAAUACACUGGGAAAUUUAGAGGGUAUGCUAUGUUUAUAUACAAAACUGUUGGAGGAGCAAGAAGGGCUGUCGAAGAACCAAUUAAGAGGUUCGAUGGAUAUAUUAUCUACUGUCAAAUGGCUACUGAUCAAAGGCAAAAAUUUGGUCUUGGAAUUGGUGGUUUUAGUCCAUAUACUCAAAAUGGUGUCGCGCAACCUUACGUUCAGGGGAUUUUCAGUGGUGCAGCGCAACCUUAUUAUGGUCAAGGAACGCAACAUGUUCAAGCGAUGUUUGCUCCUGCUGGACAGAAUCCAUCUGCUUACACAGGUUCUAGACCAGCUUAUAUGUCACCUGCAACUUCGCAACAAGGCAUACCGGGAGCAUUUGGAAUGGGGAACUCAGUUUGUCAGAAUCCACAAAGUUAUGAACCAAAUUUUUCAUGCAAGAUUGCGUCCUCUGGGGAUGGUCCUGCUGAGAGAUGUGGUUUGGGUUAUUAUCUAAAGAAACUCGGUUUGUUUAUCAUGUUUGUUGUGUGUAUGUUUGUUCUUAAUUUUAUCCAUUCUUCUCUGAAAAUCUAGUUGUUCGCUAUUCAGUGUUUACGUUUUGGUUUUAGGUUUAGAAUCCAACGCGUAGUUACUGGUAGGAGUUGCGUUAGACAAUUAGGAUGGAAUGUUUGGUGGUUAUGAACAUGUUCUAACACAUUGUUACCUUC